AUGCCAGCUGCUCCAGCCGAUACUCCAGAAGCUAGAUUUGCGUUGCAAGCCGCUCUCCUUCUCCACGAGACAAAGAGAGGUGGCGGCGGGUCAAGCGGACGUGCCAGACGGUCGCUUCACAUCAAAAUCGUCUCUGGAUUUGCAGUGGAGCUGAGCCAGACCGGCAUAAUCUUCAAGUGGCCGAAAUACAUUGCGUGGCUGGAACACAACACGCCUGAUCGUGGGGCGGGUCUCCCUGUUUUCUUGAAUUCACCUGGCCCUACGCUCUUCCCGCGGGUUCAUUCUGUUCCUCCAGCGGUACCUGCUAGCUCUCCUUCUGUUUCCACUCCGCCUUCGCCUUCGAUUCGUGCCUUGGGUACUGAUUCGGAAAGGGUUGCGGGAUCUUCAGGGCUAGAGGCUUCCGGGUCGCUAAGUGUUCUUCCGAGUGGGAGAAAGUUGCCGCCCCAGCCUCCUGUUCCAAAAGCUAAAACAGGAAUCCCGCCAUCUACUGCACCAAACGUUGGACCAUAUCUAACGCUCGGACAGCGAGCAGCGGUUAUCUCACCUAACAAUCCGUUGCUUCGCGUGCGGUCGAGAUCUCCACCACGGUCCUCUUCGAUCCCAUCUGGAUCGGCGAGCAGCGGGGUUGGACCCGAGAGGGAGCGCGAGGCGGCCGAACAUCUUGAGAAUCCGCUUGAAAUCGCCGCGGUUCCAGCCGAGGAGGCUGCCGAGGAGAUUCUUGAAUCAGCCGAGGAGGCUGCGGAGGAGACUCUUGAUUCAGGUGCGGCUGCAAGCAGCGGGGUUGGACCCGAGCGCGCGACACCAGGCAGCGGGGCUGGACCCGAGAGGGAGUUGAGGUUCCGACCUGUGGCGCGUCAGGUGACUUCGCUUAAGGUUGCGGAGGGAUUGCUUCCGCCGGGUACUUCUGUGCUGCUGUCAUUGGACAUUCAUUUGGUCGCUGACCGCGACGAGGCGGGGACAUCUGCGUGCCUUGAGAGAAUCUUGCGAGAGCACUCGGAUUUGGCUGUGAUUUUCUGCUCGUACGCGGUGAAGCAAAAGACCAUUGAUAAGGCGGUCCAGUGUAUCCACCGUAUUUGUGAUCGGACGAUUGUGCGGCGCCCUUUGACCUUUCCCAUUUUCUUCACGACAUCCAAGACUGCGCCGGGCACAGGCAAAGGAGCACAAUUGUCUAAGUUGGCGAAUAUCUUUAGCCGGUCGCGCCCCGCUCCACUGACUUCUUUGUAUCACGUGGACGAUCAAGAUCCGAUUUGCAAGAACGUGACAUCCUACGGCCAUCACGGUGUGACUUGGGCGGAGGAGGACCCGCGUUCUUUGGAUCAGAUCGAGUUGCACUUGCACCAACAUGCCCAUAGGCAGCAGGUCCUUCAGGUUGGGGUUGACCCGGUAACCCAUGCAAACAUGCAAUCCGAAGCAACAACUGCCGUUAUGAACGCGAGAGCUGAGACGGCAGCCGUGUUCGGUGAAGCUGAAGCAGUGAUUAUGUCUCUAAGAUCAGAGAACCAACAGCUAGGUGCCCAGGCCGCCGCGAUUCAAGGUGAGUCGUAUGCCGCCAUACAGGCGCUAAGGUCCGAAAACCAGCAGUUGGGUUCACGCGCUUCGGUGAUUCAGGGUGAAGCUGAAACGGUGAUCGGAAACCUCCGAACUGAGAACCAACAGCUAGGAGAGAUGAAUCGCGAGCUCAACCAGAGACUCGAAAAGCAAGCUAAGAUGAUCCUUGAGCAGCAAGAGUUAUCUAAGGCUAUGCAUCAACAGCUAAUCGCACUUCAGUCGCAUGUGCAAGCUGCCGAACCUAAGAACCCAAGCAUCCCUCCAUCGGCCAUCCCCGCGAGCUCUACCCAAAAUGGCGCGGAUCAGGCUGCGUCUGCAUUCAACGCAUUGCAGGCACUCGCGGGUGAAGUUGGGGGAACAAUGCGAAGGAUUGAACAGGCAAUUGAGGCUUCCGGUUCUAGUGGUUCGGUUGCCCCGGGUCCGGUUGAGUUUGGAUUGCCACCGUACCAAUGCAGCCGUAAGAGCAUCUUCACGGGUAGAUUGCAUUCCGCAACACCCGCUUCUCCACCUCCUCCACCACAGAAGCUAAAGCCCCAAGUCUUCGACAUAGCAGAUGAAGAUGACUUUGAUGAGCAUGGCGAAGAUGAGGGUGAUGAGGACGGAGAAGAUUUCGAGGAUGAUCCAAUCGUCCCCGUUGCGGCUCACGAGCCUGAAGAUGACAGAGAUUACGAGUCUAGCAUUUAUAAGUACAAAGACCUGAAAGACAUCAAGCUUCCCCAAAUUCCGGGUUCUAGCGUUGAGUUCAGGGCUUACCGCAAUUCGGUGCUAACACAGAUUGCGUCAAUCGAUUGCAGCGGCAAAGCCGUCCUGUUGAAGUGGCUUCAGAAGAGCCUUGAUCCAUCAGGGAGCAUUGCAUUGACACGGUGUCAUGCGUCUGGAACGAUGCCAUCGGGUCGUGCACUCUUGUCCAUUCUUAGCAGAAGAUACCGGAUAGAUAAAGUGCGCGGGCCAUUGGUGACACUACAAUCCUUGUUCGAUUUAGAACCUGACUCAUUUUCCUACCAAUCGCUUGUAGCCUUCAAACAACGCGUCGAGUACGUGUUGAAUGGCUUACCGGAGCGGCAAUGGCCAGAUGCCGAAACAAUGUUUUCCUGGAUCUACUCACGGCUAAAGGGAUGCAGGAUGCUUUCACGCACAAUUGAUCGGGUCAAAGAUGCCAAGCCGGGUUCCAAGCGUAGGACAUUUGAGUACAUUUGGAACGGGCUCGAAGAGGUUCUUGCAGAAGUGCACGAGGAUCGUAACGAGCAAGCGCUCAAGGAUUCGCUCAAAGAGGAUUCCAAACAGAAGCCGAAACCAGAUGCAAAUGCGAAAGCAGCCGCGGCCAAGGCUACGCCCGAGUCACCGACGCCAAUCGUGGUGCCGGUGAGGGUGCCAACAGGGACAAAGGCAAAGGUAAAGGGAAAGGGCAUUUUGACUGAUAUGUUCAGCGAUCACAUCCGGUCAACCAAGCCGUUGCAGUUUGAAACCGGGAAUGGUGUGACGAGCAGUGGCACCUUCCUUACUACAACGAGCGAUGCCUUUGGAUCAGUAGAAUCCUAUGUUCUGCAAAGCUGCCCGGUAGUGCGGUCUUUAGGCCAACUAGUAGAGUUGCAGCGAAAACCUUUCGUUUGGCUUCCUGGUAGCAUGCCGUUCUUCGGUAGUGACGAAGAUUGCAUCCAGAUCACUUGGGAUUCGGAUCGUGUCAUUUAUGCCCAUAAGGUUGAUGACUAUGUUCCGGUAUUUCGUGAGCAGAUCAGGUUUGGUGGUGAUGGUUUGCACAGAGCCUUAGCCGCUGGUGAGUCUGCUCCGGCAGCCCCAGCAGAGGUUCCUGCGCCCGCUGUCCCAGCAGAGGACCCUCCUCUCCCAGCUCCCGCAGCACCCCCUCCACCUGAUCCAGGGGAAGGUUCCGGUGCCGACGAUGAGGGUGAUGAGGAUGCACCAACCAAGGCUCAGCGGCUAAUCACUGAAGCCCAGUCGACGCCAGAGGCCGAAAUGAUUUCAAUGGCAUCAGCUAUGUUUUCAGAGGUCAUAAAUUUGCAGACGUUCUUACAGUCAGCCUUCAAAAGCACAGUGCCGAUCAUCUUCUUCCAAGACAAUGAAACUGUCUUGGCCAUCCUGAAGUCGGGAUACAGUCCAAAGCUUCGCCACUUAGGGCGCGUGCACCGCGUGAACGUGGCAAGUAUGGCAGAGAUAUUUGAGCAAGAAGAUUUUUCGGCUACUUACGUGAACAGCAAGGAGCAAUUAGCUAAUGGUUUGACUAAGAUCAUCCCUCCCGCUGAGUGGUCUGACAUGCUUACACAGCUGUGCCUUCACGAAGGUGUCCCUCACAAUGCGACCGUCUCAAAGGUUGUAGUCGAGGAAGCAGAGCGUUUUGCAAGCUCACUGCCUAGGAAGAUCACACAAGAAGACCUUGUGCAAUGUGCUUCACCACCGGUGCGUUCGCGCACGGAGGUGGGAUCGCAGGUUUAA